AACUAAAUUACAUAGAAAUAGAAACAGAUCUUUGGUGCCACUAUUUGUUCCCAAACCCAGAGCCUUAACCAACCAGAGUCUCCAUUGCUCCUCGCUGUUCUUCCAUAGUCACGCGCGGCAAUUGGAGAUUCACGCGUCACCAUGGCCACUCCACCGACACUUCCAAUUUCUUCCCAAUCCAACGCCUCCGUCGGCGCCGCAUCGCAGUCUCAGCCUCCGAUAGCCACACCGGCGUUCCGCGCCUUCAUCUCGCGAAUGUCCUCUUCUCUCCGCCAGGCCUUCUCGCAGCGCCGGCCGUGGUCGGAAAUGGUCGACCGUAGCGCCAUGUCCCGACCUGACACCCUCGCCGAAGCCUACUCUCGGAUCCGCAAAAACUUCUCCUACUUCCGCGUCAAUUACGUAACCCUAAUCGCGUUCGCGCUAGCCGUGUCGCUCAUCACGCAUCCGUUCUCGCUCCUCGUCCUCUUUGGCCUACUUGCAUCAUGGUCAUUCCUCUACCUCUUCCGCCCCUCCGAUCAGCCUCUCGUUCUGUUCGGACGCACCUUUGCCGAUCGGGAAACCCUAGGGAUGUUGGUGGUGCUCACCGUGUUCGUAAUUUUCCUCACUAGCGUUGGAUCCUUGUUGAUCUCCGCUCUGAUGGUUGGAUUGGGAUUAGUGUGCGCGCACGGCGCGUUUCGCGUUCCCGAGGAUCUGUUUCUCGACGAUCAGGAGUCUAACAGUACGGGAUUCCUCUCCUUCCUCGGGGGUGCCGCCGCUUCUGCUGCCGCUCCGGCGGUCGCGCGCGUGUAAACGGCGGGAUCUGGAAGGCCGGUGUGUCCGGUGGAUUCUUGUCAGGGGAUUGUGAUUUUGUUGAGUGCGAUGGUACCCUGUUGCUUCCAAGUUCUCACCCACUUCAUGUUAUGGUAGAAUGGGAGACCAGGUCGCGGACCAUUUUGAGAUUCUAUAAUCUUAGAUUACUAAGUAAGAGUGUUUGCUUGUUAUUGGAAGUUAGAGUAUUUUCAGAUUAUAUUUUUGUUCCUAAUUUAUAUUUCUUCAUUGCGUAGUAUUAAUGAGCCCCCUAAUUAUUAUGAAGCCUUUCUAGAUAUAAGAACAAGAAUACUUGUGUAGCAGUUUUUACUAGUCUUUCGUUUAAUAUGGUGUUGCGGGGCCAUACCCUUACUGAUAAGACACUGUAGGUCCAUUGCAGUGACCUAGGGUGUGUUAAUCUCUGAUUUAUAAAUAGAUUAAGCUUACCAUAUACUACAAUUCAAAUAAAGAAUUUAUAUAUUCUUAAUA